AUGCGGGAGGAUCACGACCAAGAUCAAGUAACUCCUGCGGGCGCGAAAGAGACGAAGAGGGAUCGACUGAGAUCGGGUGACCAGCUGGACGGAGACGUGCGGCGUAAUGACCAAUCACCUGAGAGCGGUGGCGACGACAGUCUAGGAGCAUCGUGGCCGCUCCAGCUGGCGAUAUGGAUUGAGAGUGGAAUGAAACUCACCUUGUUAAUGCGCUUGAGAGCCAUUGGUCAGAGUGUUGAGGUGAAUACAGGAAACGGAGACUAUAAUCAAACGGUGAUGAGCAUGGAUCCCAGGACAGCGUGA